CCAGAGGGUCAGGGGGUCUAGGGGCGAGGGCAGGCUGCAAUGUCUGUGGAGAAAGAGCUUCCGUUCCUGUAUUCACAGUCGGGUCGGAAAGUACGGAGUAAGCAGCCUAAGGAGCCGCGGGGACGCAGUAAGGCCCGGAUACCGGGCACCCAUAGGAAGCCCCGCCGGAACCAAAGGCGAUCGCCGCCGGAGUCACACUGCAAGAAGGCGCAAGUGCGAGAGAAAGAGAAGGUGUGGGUACCCUGGAAUGGACUCAUCGUGAUUGGGAAGAGAGUGGAACUCUUGGACAGAAACGUGCAAAGGUCUAACCCAAAGUUGGAAUCUGAGUACUGGAAGCUGGAGGGCACGGGGAAGAAGUUCUCAAAAGAGAAAUCGGGCUUGCAACAGGAAACGGUGGUCGCGAAGCUCCUGAACAGAGUAGGAAGGACGGUGCGGGGUCCAGCAGGUUUGGAGGAUGGCAACCCAGAGGCUUGGAGAGAGCUGGAGGACAGACUCAAAGGCAUAUCUAAGAGUGCAGAGAUGACUGCACAGCGGGAAGAAAACGUGAAGUCUACGCCUAGGGACAAGUUGAGGACCACUGGAGGGGACUUGAGGUCCAGAGGGGAUCAGCUGAGGCAGAAUGAGGAAUUGGAGUCGAGUGGAGAGAACUUGAUGUCCAAGAGAGAGAAACGGGUGUCCAUUGGAGAGAAGGCGGUAGGCAGGGGAGAGAAGCGGAGGUCUGCUGAUGAAAAGAUGGACAGUAAGGAGAGGCGGGGGUCUGUUGUAGAGAAAAUGGACAGUAGAGAGAGGCGGGGCUCCACCAGAGAGAAGGCAUUGGACAGUGAAGAGAAGCGGGGAUCCAUUAGAGAGAAGGUGACAGAGAGCAGAGAGAGGCGGGGGUCCAUCAGAGAGAAAGUGUCAGACAGUGGAGAGAGGCGGGGGUCCAUCAAAGAGAAGGUGUCAGACAGUGGAGAGAGGCGGGGGUCCGUCAGAGACAAGAUGCCGGACACUAGAGAGAGGCGGGGGUCCAUCAGAGAGAAGGUAUCAGACAGUGGAGAGAAGCGGGGAUCCAUCAGAGAGAAGAGGGGGUCCAUUAGAGAGAAGGGGUCGGACAGUGGAGAGAAGAGGGGGUCCAUUAGAGAGAAGGUGUCAGAUAGCGGAGAGAGGCGGGGGUCCACUAGAGAGAAGGCGACAGAGAGUAGAGAGAGGCGGGGGUCCGUCAGAGAGAAGGUGUCAGACAGUGGAGAGAGACGGGGGUCCAAGGCCAAGCUGAGUAGAGAGAAACUGAGGUCCAGUGGAGAGAAGCUGAGGACGGGUGAUAAAAGUUCGAGAUCCACUGAAGAUAUACCGGAGUCAAAUAUUGAGGAAUUGGAGUCUGAUGAGGUGAAGCUGGGAGAGCAUUCUAGAACAGGAAGUGCCACCGAAGAGACGAUUGAAAAAGUGAUAAAUAUCACUGGUGGUGAGAGUGUGAUGGAAAAUAUGAGUCAGGAAAUGAUUCCUUCUGAAAGUAUGGAAGGGAUAGAUGACCACGAAGGGGCAGAGAAAGGGGUGGGAAUCGAUAGUCAUGUCUUGGAUGGAGUGAGAGAUAUUGCUGAUGAAUCUGUUCCUAAGGAAGAGAAAGACACUCUUGGAGAAAGCUCCAAGGAAUCAGGUGGAUGAAAAAUGGAAGGUGAAGAAAGAGAUUGGAGAAUUGAAAGUCAAGGAGAAGUUAGAGCCAAGGACUUUGUUGGUCUUGAAAGGGUGAAUGUGAGUGAGGACUCUGGACCUCAAAGGAUCAUGGGGAAGGAGCAGCAGGAGCUGCUGGGCAUGGAGGCCAAGCCAGUGAGGACGUGAGGAACCGGAAAGAGGACAAUGGAAACAUUUUAAGGAGAAAAAAACAAUUUGGGAGCAAAUGCUAAGAAGAAGGAAACUUUCCUGCUUGAAGAACCCUUUUAAGAAAUGGGUCUAGGGUGGCUGGAUUUUGACAGACAUGUAUAUGGUUGGGUAUGAGAUGUAGGAGAAGGUCAAAAACAGAUUAUACCAGGAUAAAGGCUCACCAUUGGGGGCCGUGGGAGAAGCAGCAAAGAAGGAGGUGACUGAAGCAGAUACCAAAACUAGGUGCUCCCGCAGGAGGACGGGGAGAGGAGCGAUGGGUGAAGGGAAAGGGCAGAGGAGCCACACCCACACCCUGCCACAGUGCUUAGGCCCAUGUCUACCUGAGACCAUCAUUUGAAGAGUCCUCUGGUGAGUCCAGCAUGAGAGCUGAGGUGUUGUCAUCUCUUUAAGAGACGUCUUCCUAGGCACAAGGUGAAGACUGAGCAUUUGCCCUGCUAUGGGAAAUGACCUACACUUCAGGAAGUACUGAUUCUGAUGAAUCACCAGAUUUCCGUUCCUUGGCUAUAUGGCUCACCUGAGAUAUCAGAUGUUCCACCAGAACCCAGAUACCAGUGAAGAUCGAGCGUCUAUGACAAAUGCCAAAUGCCACCUGCCCUUUCCUAAGAUGUCCAGACCAGACCUGCUCGGCAGGCCUUCUCCUGACACCCUUCCGUACUUGCACCUGGGCUCUUACAUCACAGAGCACCCUUUCCUGAGGCCUCCUCUGAAUCAAAGCAGGAUACCCAGACACCCCUGUGGACAAAGACCCCCUCUCUCAGAGGAGCCACUCUGUGCAAAGGCAUUUGGAAAACAGAAGAAGUCAACAGAGAAGUUUUACUGCCUCUCAAAGCUUCUGGUAUGUGGAUUAUUAUUCUGUCUCAAAUUUUGCUGCUUCUCAAGAAUUUUUGACUUAGCGAAGAAAAACUCCUAGACUCCCAGCCUGCUCUUGCCCUUGCCUGACUACUUCAGAAGUGGGCUUGGACUUGGAGUCGAAUGCCAUCCUGUCUGCUGGAGGAGCAUCAGAAGGACCCACCCUCAGCCUUGGGCCACACCCAACAGUCAGGUGUCAUCAGGCUUAGCAGGAAAACUGGGGCCCUGAGAAGGCUGUGGAGCCAGGGAGGGAAGAAAGAGGCGAGGCACUGUCCAGGGGAAGGACAGGAGGAACAAUCCAUCUCUGGGCGAAGCAGGAGGAAGGUCUUUAAUGAGACUUCUCAGAGAACAGGGUGGGUCUGCACAACCACCCCAGACCAAGGCACAGAGGAGGUUUGAAAUGUCCAGGAUAAAUAGACCCAAUGGGGGUGGAGAAAAAGCCAGCUCCUCCCCCUUUUAGUCUUACUAAACAGUCUUACUGUGGGCACCAAAAAUAUAUUAAUAUCUGUACAUUUGUCAUCUUUAAA